GCGGCAUGCGUUUACUGAUGCAACAGCAAACACCAGCGUCGCAACAUCAACAUAGCUUAUACCGCCGGCAUCGCAUCUCGAGCCCAGCCACUUGUUCCCACUUGAGACAACAUAUACUCCAGUAAACAUUUCCCUCAAAGAGGAUAAUCGUGCUUAACAAGCUGUAAUUUUCGAGGUAGGCACUAGGCACUGUUAGGCACUCCUUUUUUCAAUAUCAAAAAUCCUAGCGUGUAAUUCGCCCAAAGAGUCGGAACGCCUGGAAGUGAAUCCUUUUGACAUUUCAUACAACGCACGCAAAGCAAAUUUUUCUCCAUCACCGAACCCUCUUCAUAACACAAAUAUGUGAAUUAUUUUUGACCAAGAUUUUUUUAUAACGGACUGAGAAAAAUGCUUAAUUCCUCGAUCAAUACUUCGUCAUUUCUGGCUACAGGAUGGACGUUAUAUCCCAGCGUCUUUACCAUAUGGUUUAUCAUCAUGUUGACAUUUUCCUUAUUUGGCACCAUUCUCAACCUAUCGCUGAUGCUGCCCAUAAUUGCAUCCCGCAAACUCCGUUGUGGAACGGGAAUUUUAAUUGCACAUCUCCUAUUAAUUAACGCUACAUUAUGCCUCAUCCACAUGUCGAUACUGUCCAUUUCCACGUACGCCGUAGCGCCCUACACUGACCUUUCGCUGUCUUUCUGCCGGCACACUUUAUUCUGGUACUACCUAUCACUGGACGCCGUUAACUGGACUUUCCUGCUGAUCGGGAUCAACCAGUUUGUGGCCAUCUUUUUACCCCAUUCCUAUACAAAAUGGAGCGGGAAUGUCAUUGUCACCGGGGUCAUGGUGACACUGCCAUGGCUGAUUGGUCUAUCGUGUAAACUGCCGAUUUUCAAUGAAAUGGGAUGCAGAUGGCAACCCACCACGCCCUGGGGCACCUGUGGGGUGCGGGUGUAUCCCGGAUCCGUGGUAUAUCCGCUGAUCGUCACCGUGUGUGUCUUCUCGCCGUUGGGGGCGCUGGGCGUGGUGUACGCGGUGAUCUUUGGCGGGGUGGCGCUGCGGUCGGUGUGGAUGCGGCGGCAAAAGAACGGCAUGUCGAGAGGGGCGCAGCGGAUGUUUACACGGCGCUACCGUAAUGUGAAGAUGCUCUUUGUGUCGUAUCUGUGGUACUCGUGCUGUUUGCUGCCGGCACCCAUCGCGUCCAGCCUCUUCCCGAAGGAAUACACGUCAGAGAUGCUGCUGCCGUUGUUUAUGCGGGCGUUGCUGCUGUUUGGAUACGCGACCAUACCGGUUGUCUAUCUGGUGAUGAAUGCUGAGUACCGGGGUCAUGCGAGGAUGUUAUGGUCCUGCUUAAUCGACCAGAGAAAAACCGUCAAGAUAAUCCCGCAUUCCGAGAAACGUUACGCACUCCUCCCGUUUCCCAGUUUUCUCCAUCAGGGAAAGCCGAAACCCUAACCCGUAACGGAUUGUGUGUUUAUCUUACGCUAUUGGACACCGCUGUGCAAGCAUACGAUUGCGCGUAAUGUGAUGGUUGUCAGCAUGUAUUUACACCGUGCGGCUUCGGUUUACAUCCAAUUUGUUGACGUCAUAAGGACAUAAACCCGGUGUUUGGGAUCUUGCUGCGCAAAUGAUGUGAAGCAA